UGUGUCGGGUUUCCCUCCCCGGGCCGCAGGGGUUUCCCUCCCCGGGCCGCAGGAGAAACAGUGCCCUCUCCCUUCUUGACCCCCGGCCCUUCCCUCCCUUAUUCCCUCUUGCCGCCGCUGCGUCUGGCGCUGCCACUCCCGGAGGAGCUCCCGUCACUGGGGUCUCGGGCCUCCACGUUACUGCGGGACGAAGAGCUCGAGGAGAUCAAGAAGGAGACUGGCUUUUCCCACAGUCAGAUCACACGCCUGUACAGCCGCUUCACCAGCCUGGACAAAGGGGAGAACGGAACUCUCAGCCGGGAAGAUUUCCAGAGGAUUCCAGAACUUGCCAUCAACCCACUGGGGGACCGGAUCAUCAAUGCCUUCUUCUCAGAGGGAGAGGAUCAGGUAAACUUCCGAGGAUUCAUGAGAACUUUGGCUCAUUUCCGACCCAUUGAGGAUAACGAAAAGAGCAAAGAUGUGAAUGGACCGGAACCCCUCAACAGCCGGAGCAACAAACUGCACUUUGCUUUCAGACUUUAUGACUUGGAUAAAGAUGACAAGAUCUCCCGCGAUGAGCUGUUACAGGUACUGCGAAUGAUGGUCGGAGUGAAUAUCUCAGAUGAGCAGCUGGGCAGUAUUGCAGACAGGACCAUCCAGGAGGCUGACCAAGAUGGAGACAGUGCCAUAUCUUUUACAGAAUUUGUUAAGGUUUUGGAGAAGGUGGAUGUAGAACAGAAGAUGAGCAUCCGAUUUCUUCACUAAAGGGCAGAGACCAAAUUAUUCUUGCUUUCUAGUAUUUAAGAACUGAAACUUCCUUCUGUCCUCCAGCCCCACCCCAUCCUGUCAUCCCCCUUUCCAGAAUACUACAGCUCCUGCAUGACAACCUGAAGUCUCUCCUGUCCAUACAAACUUGCCUUUGGUGUAUAAACAGGGCGUUACAGAAUGGUACCCUGUCUAUUUCUGUUCGGUAUCCACCCAUCAGUCUUUAUUGUAAGUACCAACUUCCCCUGUUCUACUGUUCAGUGCCACGCAUCCGUCCUGUCUGAGGAAAGAAACAGGGACUCAUGUCAAGAACCAGCCAGCAAAGCUCCCACUAGAUGGGACCAUAUCCAUGCUGCCUUCCCUUCAUCAGCCCUCCAUCAUGGUCCUGUGUGCUGUGUCCUGUGUCCUGUGUCUGUUUCUUCCUACCUCUCUGUCAUCCAGCCUUCUCUCCAUUCAGUCUUUCAGCUGUCCUCCUGUCGUUGAGAUUCCCUGCAUUCUACUUGACUCUGGGCUCUGCUGGUAAGCCUGUUUCUGAUGUGGCAGGAUAGUUAGUGGUCUGGUGAUCUGUAUCUACCUUCUGAUGUGGGAUAUUGCCUAUGCAGGAGCUAUUGCUCUGUCGUCACAGGGCUUAUGAGCAGACAUGUUCUUAAAAGGUAGUCAUGGUGAGGCUUGUAGAGCCAUGUCUCCUAGGUGGCUUCCCAGGUCUCUCUACCUCUGACUUUUUAUUUUCAAAUAUAUUUAUGUGGCUUUUCUGGGUACAGUGUUGACAUUCAGAAAAUAGUCUAAUGCCUGCCAGUUUGCUUCUCUUUGGGACAUUGUCACCACCUAAGCGGCUGUUCUGACAAUAUGGUAGAGGGCCUUCUUGUGUUUUUUGACAAGGAUGGGCACCCUGGAGAGCUGCCCACAUUUGCUCCACAGCAUGGGUUAUGCCUCAGUGUUCUGUACACUUGAAGAUUCUUCACAUUUCCAAACAGAAAGACUAGUGUUACAGAAGUGCCUGACUUACUUCAGUCCUAAAGAAUUAGAUUGUCCUCAGUGUCUUAAAGUUUUGCACAAAACUCUGAAUGAAUUUUAUACUUGGCAAAUUUUAAUGCUGGAAGAUGUAUAGUCAGUUCAUAAUCCUGGUCCAGGCACUGUAUGCAUUGAAUGUAUUGUCUCAUGAGCUUCCUAAUGACACGACCUUCCUAGCUCCUUGUGAAUACUAUACUAUGCAGAUCCCUUAGAAGCAUGGGACCUGGGACUGGUGGCACCAACUGAGGUGACAUUCUCUGCCAAUGUCAGCUUGAUUUAGAUGUCACUGAAUCAAGCUGCUUCCGCCCUGUGUUCCUGUGAAUCUGCUCUUGGCUGGCUUUCUCUGGUGUUGCCUGCUUGCUUGCUUGCUUUGUUGCUUUGGAAGGCUAUCCAAGAUAUGUAAGCAAUUCUUUAGGAAAUAAAUUGCUGUUAACCCAAACAAACAAAAACACUGCAGACGAGAUGGGUAAAGGUGAGCAGUGGGGGCGUGGCUAGGACAGAUGGCUAGGGUCUACAUGAACUGGGGAAUUCUUUAUGAAAUAUGUCAGACUUUGUGAUCAAAUGAUGUGAUAUAAGAAUUGUAUAAAGGGAAUAAUUGUCUGAUACUUAUCUGUUUGAGAAGUACUUCAGAAGCAUCUUGAUUUAAUUAUUUAAAGUUUCUAAGAUUAUGCCCCCCUUGGCUGUAUAGCAAACUGUUUUUAUCCACAGUUGUGCCUUAUUGUCCCAUUAAAAUUGUAUUCCUCAAUCCACCAAUAAAUUAAUUGUCAUUAAAACAAAAAAAAAAAGAAAAAAGAAAA